ACGUAUCCAAUUUCCCCUCUUUUCAUAUCAUACCUUUAAUUAAAUCAAAUCGCUCUCAAAUAGAUCCCCAAAUUUCUACCGAUUUCCUAAAUCAAGAUUCAAAUCUGCUCAAAUUUUCAUUCAAUUCAUUAUUUCUUCUCUCUAUCGACCUUAAUUUUUGCUCAAUUUCGUGGAUCCUAUCCAAUUCUAGGGUUAGGGUGGUGAUGGGAACUAAACGUGCCUUUGAUGAAGAUCUGCAGGAGUUUAUUAAGCACCCUAAACAUAUAAGUUAUGGCAGUAACCCUGCUUCGGCUGCUGAAAGUAAACUUUUUCUUGAAACAUUUCAAGUUGCUGGAAUUGGAGGUGAAAGUGGACGUAAAUACUUUGGCGCAGAUAGAGAAUAUGACAUUUUUGUCCCCGAUAUUGCAUUCAAGGAUAUUGAAAUUAAAGCACCAUUACCAUUGGUGACUGGAAUGGACACAGGGGAUGAUGAUGAUGUAGGGCCAGGGCCGGUGUUUCCUACCAAUCCUUUCUCUGAGUAUUUUGAAUACAAGUUCCCAACACGUCAACUAUAUCAUCAUGAAGACAUAUACUCGUCUUUGUUUAAUAGCUCUCCCAGGAAAGUGGUUCCCGUUGGACCAGAUAAUCAGGCUGGUGUUCCGGAAUUUAACACAGAGUUGGCUAAAAGCUAUAAAGACAAUGGUGGAAUGGAGCAUUUCAUGGGAGUUUGUGUCAUUCCAGCUGGUCAUCCCAUCUAUGAUUCAGAUAUAAAAAAGAGCUGCAAGUGUUUGGAUGGUGGUUCGAUUAGAUGUGUACAGCAACAUGUUAAAGAAGCACGACUGAAUUUAAGACAAUUUUAUGGGGAUGAAAAGUUUGCUGAUAUGGGAAUGCUUGACAUGGGAGAAGAAGUCGCAGAUGGGUGGACUGAAGAAGAAGAGCAACUCUUUCAUGAAGUUGUUUACUCAAACCCUGCAUCUAUUGGCAACAUGUUUUGGAAGCAACUCUCUGUUGCAUUCCCUUUUCGAACAAAGAAGGAACUUGUGAGCUACUACUUCAAUGUGUUCAUUCUUCGUAGACGAGCUGUUCAGAACAGAUCAUAUUUUCUGGAUAUUGAUAGUGAUGAUGAUGAAUGGCGAGAAAGCUAUGGAGGAAGUUUUGGGGACCAAGUAGAAGAUGAUGAUUCUGUACUCGGGGAUCAUGAUGAAGAUGGUGGCAAUUAUUAUGAUAAUAAUGGUGGUGGUGAACUUGAUGUUGUUACUGGCAUCAAGGGUCAAUCUCUCGAGCCCAACUCCGCCGGGGAACUUGAUGUAGACCCAUCUGUCGUUAUGAAUGAAAAUAAGGUUACAAUUGAAGACUAACAAGAGUAUGGGUCAUUUAAGAUUCUCUAUAUGGCUUCUAUGAAGGCAAGGAUGCUACUAGUCAAAGUAUCAAUAGAAAUGUGUUCUAGUUCAUGCGAUUGUCAGGUGACAUUUUUUCACUUACAUUGUUUGUCUUGUACAUUAGUUUUGUGGGGCAUUGAUUUCUGUUUUGACAUUGUUAAUGAGUGGCACAUACAAAUUGGGAUCUGCUUUUGGCCGUUUGUUCCCUUUGUUAGGAUUUCAAAUUGCAGUUUGUAACUUAAAUGUAUAUAGCAUUGGCUGAAGAAAUAAGAAAAAAAAUUAAAUUUGAUAAUUGAGAAGAAA